AUUUUAAAUUUGAUUAAGGGAAGAAGGGUCUUUGAAGUGGCACUUCAACUUUGAGUGAAGAGAGAAGAAGCUAUGAAGGAGAGAAACAAAGGGGUUGAAGCUUACAACAACAAUGAGAUGGAUUGCUACUACUCUACCUCUGAACUCCCAUGUAAGAAGCACCCUUCUUCUUCUUCUGUUGGUAUUUGUGCUUAUUGUCUCAAGGACCGUUUGGUCAAGCUUGUGUGUUCUGAUUGUGGGGAGCAAAGGCUUUCUUCUUGUUCUUGCUCUGAUGAGAUGCUCUCUUCCCAUCGAAAUUCAUGCAAUGUUGAUGUGGGGAGUGUUGGAAGGGUCUCAUUUCUCAUUGAGAAUGAGAAGAACAAUGAGAACCAAGUUGUUCAGAACUUGAGUUCAAAGGCAAAGUUGCAAGAUAAGGAGGAGGAAGAGGAGGAGGUUGUCGUGUUGAGGAGAAGCAGUAGUAACUGUGUUGAAAUCAAAAGGCAUCAUCAUGGGUUUUGGAGGAUUGUGAAGUUGUUUAGGAAGAAGAAAGAGAAGGAUUGUGGAAGAAGUGUUGGUGGGUUUGAUGAGAGGACUGAGAUGUGGAUGAUGGAUCAUGGAGGUGUGUCUAGGUCCAGGUCUUUAUGCAGCUUUAGGGGUGGUGGAUUAUAUGGAUCCGAAGAUGGUGGUGAUUCAGUGUUAUCAGGUGCUAGAAGUUCAAUUUCUGCAGCUAGGAGUUCAGGUGUUAAUGGGGGUUUGAUGUUAGAGUCUGGUAGGAGAAGUGGAUAUAGUGAAGCUGAACCAAGAAGGAGUGGUUUUGAUGGGUUUCUAUUUGAAUCUGAGAAUGGUAAUGAUCUCAAGGGUGUGAAGAAGGGUGGACCAAUGGAGGGUGAUGGAGGGUUCUAUGGGGUAAAUAGGCGGGUGUUUUCACUAAGAGAGAGUGAUUUCAAAGGCAUGGAUGAGUCUAGAUUUAUUGAUUUGAAGCUUGAUUAUUCGUCAGAAUCAAAGCCAGAGUUUUCUGCUGCAAAGAUGGGUGAUAACCUCUCAGCUUUUGGUAGCAUAAGAGGUGGGAAUUUCAUGGCACAUGAUGGAGGAGGUUCUUAUGGUGGUUUGGUAGGGGAUGGAGUUUUAGCUAAUGGAGGGUCAUGUAGGAUCACUGUGAAUGACAGAGGAAUCAAAAGGGGAAGGAAAAGCAUGAAGGGUUGGAGAUGGAUUUUCAGAUACCAUUCAAAUUGGGGAGGCUCAAGGAAAAGAGAUGAAGACCUUAUGUUCAAAACUUGAUAUAGUACCAUCAAAUACACAAU